CUGCCAUCUGCUGUUGAAAGAUGUUUAAGACAAGUAUUUGCAAACCAAAUAUCAAACUGUGACAGUUUAAUAAGGAUUUUAGACGCAUGACGAGCCCUAAAAACGUAUUCUUUUCAUCUAAAUCUUGCAAAUAUAUUUUAGAAUGUAACACAGCAUCACUUCAUCUUUUGCGGUGGUCUCGCGUACUGUUUUACUCGUGUAUGACACUCGUGGCUUGCCGUAGUGUUGUGCAACAUUCCGCGCGAACGUCUAAAUUGUAGUAGAUGUGAUCCCAGGAAUAACUGUUGUUUUACGGUAAAAGCAGCGGCCCGGUGAUAGAUUUAUGUAAAUAAGAACGUCGCUUUUGAUUCAAAACACCGAGGACACGGUGUCUAGUUCAUUAAGACUGGUAAUAUAACAUUUAAAAAGUAAAUGGACACAAACGUUUCCUGUAUGCAGCUAAGGCGGAGACAACAGUAAACAACAGCGGCUCAAUCUCCGCAUUUAGCCCGUGACCAGCUGGACUGAAACGGGAAAAUGAGGAGGAGUCUGGCUCCCAGUCAGGUCGCCAAACGGAAGCAGGGAGGUGAUUCCUGCGAGGAUGAGGAGUGGACAUGUCCAACUGAUAAGAGACGGAAAAGUGACAGCGAGAAGAGAGAGAUCCACGUCUCUCCCUACAGAAAACCUCUGACUCAGCUCAACAACAAGAUAACGUUCACUGACGGAGAAAAACACGAGGCGUUUAUUCGCAGUAUUCUCUCCAAACCCUUCAAAAUCCCCAUUCCAAAUUACACAGGCUCACUGGGGAUCAGAGCACUUGGUCUGAAGAGGGCAGGAGUGAGGAAAGCACUCCACGAUCCCUUCGCAGAAGAUGCUUUGGUUCUGUACGAGCCCCCGACUCUGAGCGCUCACGACCUGAUCAAAGCUGAGAAAGAAAAACUUCCAGUCCAUGUUGUGGUGGAUCCAGUUUUAGGAAAAGUCCUCAGACCUCAUCAGAGAGAGGGAGUGAAGUUCCUCUGGGAGUGUGUGACGGGCAGAAGAAUCUCCGAGUCGUACGGCUGCAUCAUGGCUGAUGAGAUGGGUCUGGGGAAGACCCUGCAGUGCAUCACCCUCAUAUGGACCCUGCUGCGUCAGAGUCCCGACGCAAAGCCAGAGAUAGACAAGGUCAUUGUGGUGUCACCCUCCAGUCUGGUCCGAAACUGGUACAAUGAAGUGGGGAAGUGGCUGGGGGCACGGGUGACACCUGUGGCCAUAGAUGGGGGCUCGAAGGAACACAUUGACAGACAGCUGGUGAACUUCAUUUCCCAGCAUGGUCUCAGAGUUCCCACCCCCAUCCUCAUCAUUUCCUACGAGACCUUCCGACUUCACGCUGGGGUUCUGCACAGGGGCAAAGUUGGACUGGUCAUCUGUGACGAGGGCCACAGACUGAAGAACUCUGACAACCAGACCUACCAGGCCUUAAAUGCCAUGAGUGCCCAGAGGAGGGUGCUGAUUUCAGGGACUCCCAUCCAAAAUGACCUGCUGGAAUAUUUCAGUCUGGUUCACUUUGUCAAUGCGGGAAUUCUGGGUACAGCACAAGAGUUUAAGAAGAGAUUUGAACUUCCCAUCCUGAAGGGUCGGGACGCGGACGCCAGUGACAAAGACCGACAGACGGGGGAGGAAAAACUGAAGGAGCUGAUCAGCAUCGUCAACAGGUGUCUGAUCAGGAGAACGUCUGACAUCCUGUCCAAAUAUCUGCCAGUCAAGAUCGAGCAGGUCGUGUGUUGCAGACUGACUCCUCUGCAGACAGAACUGUACAAACGCUUCCUGAAACAGGCCAAACCUGUGGAGGCGCUACAGGGGGGGAAGAUCAGCGUGUCCUCUCUGUCCUCCAUCACAUCACUGAAGAAACUGUGCAACCACCCAGCCCUCAUCCAUGACAAGUGUGUGCAGGAAGAGGAAGGAUUUGAAGGAGCUUUGGAACUGUUUCCUCCUGGUUACAGCACCAAGUCUGUAGAACCUCAGCUCUCUGGUAAAAUGCUGGUUCUGGACUACAUCCUGGCCAUGACCAGAACAACAUCCAGUGACAAAGUGGUCCUGGUCUCCAACUACACUCAAACACUGGACCUGUUUGAGAAGCUGUGCAGAAAUAGAAGAUACCUGUACGUACGACUGGAUGGAACCAUGUCCAUCAAGAAAAGAGCAAAAAUAGUGGAGAAAUUCAACAGUCCGUCUAAUCCAGAGUUCAUCUUCAUGCUCAGUAGCAAGGCUGGCGGAUGUGGCCUGAAUUUGAUUGGCGCCAAUCGCUUGGUGAUGUUCGAUCCCGACUGGAACCCCGCCAACGAUGAGCAGGCCAUGGCCCGGGUGUGGAGAGACGGCCAGAAAAAGACCUGCUACAUUUACAGACUGCUCUCGACGGGAACCAUCGAGGAGAAGAUCCUGCAGAGACAGGCUCAUAAAAAGGCCCUGAGCAGCUGCGUGGUGGACGAGGAGCAGGAUGUAGAGCGCCACUUCUCUCUGGGGGAACUGCGAGAACUUUUUACGCUCAACGAGGAGACGUCCAGUGACACACAUGACAAGUUCCGCUGUCAGCGCUGUGUGAAUGCCGUCGAGGUCCGGCCACCGCCCGACGACUCUGACUGCACCAGUGACCUGUCUCAGUGGAAUCACUGCUUCAACAAGAGGGGCCUCAGGGACCAGGUGUUAAAGGCCUCGUGGGACGCCGCCGUCUCCUUUGUCUUCCACCAGCGCUCUCAUGAAGACCAGAGAGGCGUUUCAUAGCAGCAGUAGCACAAAGGACUUCCUGUAACAGCCACUGCAAAUAAUGACUGUGUAUUUUUUUUUUGAGAAUGUUGUAUUAUUAAAACAGAAGAAAUAAAGAAAAACUAGGGAUGUGCGAUAUUAACUUUAAGUAACAAACACAAUUUUGCUGGUAAUAUUUAUUUAUCUGUACAAACCACUGUCUAAGUAUGAGAUUAAUUAAAUGAGCUGCAAUGCUGCCAUCUAGU